AGGCCCUGGAAUUUGAAAGCGCGUUACCCAUGUACAGAAAAAAAGAGCGUGACAGCCCAAUUGAGGCUCGAUUCCUUACCCUCCUCUACGCCUCAACCUUGCUGUCACUCUCAAUAUCAAAACCCCAUUCCUCAAGCCCACCCCACAUAAGGUUAUAACCCCACCCACAUUUCUCUCUCACCCUCCAUUUUCCCAGAAAAGGAUGAGUCCCAUUAGAAACUCACGAGAAAAACUCUGAUUCUCUGUUUCUCUCUCCAAACACCUCCAACCCUUGGCUUGAUGGAGAAGGGCUGGGACCCCACCUUCUCUAUCUUGCCAUAGCCCAAUUUCCCCGAGAGGACUUCCUCGCUUUAUUUUUCCGGAAAAGGAUUGUUCUAUUACAAACCCCCACUCUUGGAAGAAAACCUCUGCCUCUGUUUCUCUCUCCUUACACCCUCCAUGCCUGAUUAUUCUGAGGAAAAAGACUUCCCAACCCCACCAUCUUUCUCUUUCUCCCUCUGAGCCGAAUUUCCCAAAAAAGGACUAUCUCAGUUUAUUUUUACCCUUCGAACAAAAUCUGUGUCUUUUUCUCUGUGUCCAAACACCACCAAAUCUGGAGCUGAGAGAAUAGACCACCUGACCCCACUAUCAUUGCCUUUCUCUCACCACAAUUUCCCACAGCUCAUUUUCCCAGAAAAAGAUUUCUCCAUGCACAAUCUCUGUCCAAACAACACCAAACCUUUCGCAGCCCAUUUUCCCAGAACAGUAUUAUUCUACUACAAACUCACAGUCGCCACCUUAUAAAAGAAAAUCUCCUGUUUCUCUCUCCCCAAACACUUCUCUCUCGCAGUAAAGUACAUAGAGAAAGUACAGAGCUAACCUACAUAGAUAUAGCUUACAUAGAGACAAAAAAAAAAAAAAAAGAAUUGUGUUGAGUUCUGUUGCUGCGUGGUGGUGGUGGUUCCGAAUGGUGGCCAACAGCAGCGGUGCCGGAGUUGAAGACCGGCCGGAGAAUGGUGGUAGCGACGCCGGCGGUGUGGCGUUGAAGAAGGGGCCAUGGACGGCAGCGGAGGACGCUAUAUUGGUGGAGUACGUGACGAAGCACGGCGAGGGCAACUGGAACGCUGUUCAGAAGAAUUCGGGGCUGGCUCGCUGUGGGAAGAGCUGCAGAUUAAGGUGGGCGAACCAUCUGAGGCCCAAUCUGAAGAAGGGUUCCUUCUCUGCUGAGGAGGAGAGGGUGAUUCUCGAGCUGCAUGCCAAAUUGGGCAACAAAUGGGCUCGCAUGGCCGCUCAGUUGCCCGGGCGAACAGACAACGAGAUAAAAAACUACUGGAACACUAGAAUUAAGAGGCGCCUUCGCCAAGGCCUGCCUGUCUACCCACAAGAAGUUCAAAAUCAGAGCAAUACCGUCAACCAGCCCAACUUCCAAAACCCCCCAUACCCACAAUCUCCCUGUCCUCCAUCUCAAACUCUCUUCUCCUCAUCGCCCCAAUUCAAACCCGCCUUCAGUUCUUCUCUAUCCCUCUUCGACCCAAUCACUACUCUUUCAGCCCACCAAACUUCCCCAAUUCUCACACCCCCUUAUCAACGCUACAAGCGAUCGGGUGACACUGGACCUGAUUUCCCUCUUCCAUUCUCACAGGCAUCAUUGCCAUCUCCUCUUCCGAGUUCAUCUCUGCCCAACCAAUUCUCUCACAUUUCCCCCCUCCAAUUGAAUCCAGUGACUUUCUGUCAGAAUUCACUGCCAAUUCUGCAAACCCAAUUCAAAUUUGACCAAAUGGUCCCACCUGUCUUGGAUUUUUCAAUAAAUCCAGAGCUCCCUUCAAGCCAAUUUUCCAAAAAAACACACCCGUAUACUGCCGACAAUAUGAAGAUCAACUCAAGUAGCAGCAAUUGUGGGUUAUUGGAUGAGCUGAUAGGUCAAGCUCAGGCAAUGGUGUGCAAUGACUCCUCCAGGAGGCAAGCUUCAUUCGGUUCACAAGAAGAGAAGCAUAUGCUCAAUGACUUUGAACUGUUUUUAAGUGGAAGCAGUACAAAUCCUCCAUUUGUAUCUGGUCCUCAGUGGGCUGAUUCAACCUCUCUUCAGCCCUCUACCGGAGAAAAACCAAAGCAAGAACCAGCAGAUGAUGUCAAUUCCAUGAAUGAAGACUUAUCUGAUAUGCUCAUUUUUCAUCCUGCACCAAACAUCCCCGAGUGGUACAGUGACAAUGGUGUCUCCAUCAAGCAGUCUUCUAGCAUAACAGAGGAUGAUAUUGGGCUUGAUAUCCCACAACUAACUUCAUCCAGUCCGGUUGCCACCACGACAGACCAUGGCUGGACCCCUGGCUCCUCCUCUUGGGACAACUUCUCAGGAAUUUGCUAAUAAUGCUGCAGUAGAACAUGUAUUUGAUGUUCAACUCGGACCUUUGAGCUUCUCCUUUAUUAGGGAUACUAUAGUACCUUAAUUAUCUUCUUUUUAAGCUUCUAACACAUUUUCUUUUCAUAUCCAAUCUUAAGCUUCUACCAUAUACUUCUACAUAUGAUAUUAUGAUCAGCUACCCGAAAAUGAUCCAUUAGGAUAUUUUUAGUGAAACAUUGAUUGUUGAUUAAA